AUGUCCAGCUUCCUCUCCUUCCUCUGCGCCCAAACCAUCGGCCGCGUUCUCCCCAUCAACGUGGGCCGCCUCCCGAUCGUGGGCCGACGACUCCCAGCACUCGACGGCGUGGAGCAGGACGACGCCGGCUCGUGCCCCGUGAACCCCCCUCUCUCGACAAUGGAACGGACCGUCUUCAGCCCCGGAGGAUGCCUUGUCUAUGGGUACCCCUCCACCGGUGGCGUCCUCAUUAAAAGCGCUGACCUGGUUGACCUGCUUUUCCUCUCGCUCCCGCGCUUUCAGGCCGUGCAGCGCGCAUCCAGUGUCGAUGAGGAGGACAGGUUCUGGGUGAGAAAGAUGACGGAGGAAGAAAAGAAAGUGCUGGUGUUUGGGUGGCCGGCGGAUGGUGUAGGGGUGUGGGUGUUGAGGUUUGCGAAUGCCAAGGAAAUGCCAAGGGACUUUAUGAGAAUCAGUUUCGCGAUGAAUAUGGAGGAGAGGAUCCAGAUUAUGAGAGAGUAUGGCGCUACCUUUGUGGAGGAUGUCUCGCAGGUGGAGGAGCUUCGUGAAACGCUCUGA